AUGCCACCUUUGCAACACAUCAAGAGAGUCUGGACCAGCUUCUUGAACCAUGGAGGAUACGAUGCCCAUGCCCUCUCCGGCCUCAAGUUGGUCUCUGCCACCAAGGGUUCCUGCCUCUGCGAACUUGAUGUCGCCUCUCACCACCUGAACCAUUUGGGAGGUUGCCAUGGAGGUCUUCUCUCGACCAUCGUCGAUCUCGGUGGAUCAUUGGCCAUUGCCACCGAUGAUAUGCAUUAUACCGGGGUCUCCACAGAUCUUAAUGUCUCAUUCGUCUCUGGAGCCAAGUUGGGCGACAAGUUGUCCAUCAACUCCCGCUGUGACAAGAUCGGAGGAUCCCUCGCCUACACCACAGUUGAGAUCACCGUCGGCGACAAGAUUGUUGCCCUGGGCCGUCAUACAAAGUUUGUCAGACUCGCACACAAGGCCAACAAGGAGAUGAAGCUCAGACAGGCUUGA